AUGAUUGGACAAGAACAAUCCUCGGCCAGUCCUCUUGCUGUUCGCACUCGGCUGAGAGCAUUGCUUUCAGCCAAUCAGCGACCGGCCGCCCGCCCCACUUUCAGCCUUGUGCGGCUCACUAGGGUUAAGCUUCGACUCCGGUCAGGCGCUGGACGGGUGACCGCCCGCUCCCCCCAGUGCCUAGGAUUAGCCCCAACAGAGACACCCGAAAAAGAAGGAAACUUCCUUGGCCUUUAUCGCAUCGCUUCCACCGGUGCUCCCUCGGCACCCAGGCCCCCAUCAUCCACUUCUGCCACCACACAGUGCCAGGCAAUUGCCCUCUCCACUCCAGUGCCACUUCAGUGCCAGCGUGCCACAAGGUUGAGCUACAAGUGCCAGUGCCAGCAACAGUCUACACACUCACCAAGCGAAGACCAGGCCUCCACAAACAACUCAACGCAGCAUGCCCAGGAAUACUACCCCUAUCCCCCACAACCCCACAGUGUCUCAGUGACGUGUUCCAUAGUGCCGCGAUGUCUUUCCCGCCCCUCCACAGUGACCAGGAUUGAACUCCCUGUCCCAGUGUGCCCUCUUACCCUCCCCUUCCCCACCCCCAACCCCCCACCCUCCCACCCCCACCCCCCCUACCCUCCCACCCCCACCCCCACCCCAACCCCCCCACCCCCCAUCCCCCUCGUCCCAGUGUUUCUGCCCUAG